CUUAAAAAGAAACAAUUAGAGAGGAGAAGAGAGGUGCUAAUCGUUUCUCCUUUCAUUGUUGCAAGAAUGUUGAUUGCCUUGAAGGAAAUUCUCACACAGAGCACUAGCUUGGCCUGCAAUGCGAUUGCCCCGAUAGAAACUACUUCGAAAUGUGAAGCAGAGCUCAGAGCCGAGUAAUCCCUAUCGGCCAUAAAAUAUUUUGGAGUCCAAUUAAAAUUCUAAGCACCUCCGUACAGAAGCCAUAAUAUAUUUGUUCAGUGUAACCAGUUUAAUAGCCCCCACCAAAAGCUUUAUUUCUGCGGCAAUCUCCCGGCUCUACCAGUCAUCCAACUGUCGCCGGCUCUCGCGGUCCGCUCUUCUCUGCAAUUUUUCAGCUGCGAUCGCCCCAUUGCGCCACCUGAUACAAUGAACCAUCGACUCCCGGGGGCUAUCAACCAUUGCUGGAAGCUGUUGAUCCAGCCAAGCCACCACGCCCUGGCAGCUCCAUCAACCGCCUUGACCAGAUACCUCUCCACCACGCGUGUAAACAAUGAAAGGCAAGAAUGUCAAGUCCUGGUGGUUGGUGGAGGAAGUGGUGGUUGCGCCAUGGCCGCCAAACUAUCCAACAGUCUGGGCAGCAACAAGGUGAUAGUCCUGGAGCCAGAAGAUAAACACUAUUAUCAACCAAUGCUCACGUUGAUUGGAGGAGGUAUGAAGCGUCUGGACCAAUGCUUCAAGCAAAUGGGUGAUGUGCUCCCGAAGAAGGCCAAAUGGAUUAAGGAAAAGGCAAUAGAGUUCCAUCCAAACGAUAAUGCAGUUUGCACUUCCGGUGGUAAGACAAUCAAGUAUGACUUUCUUCUCAUUGCCACUGGACUGCAAUUAAAGUACGAAAAGGUCCCUGGGCUAGUAGAGGCCCUGGAGACCCCGGGUAGCAAUGUUUGCUCCAUUUACUCUCCCAAAUAUGUGGAAAAUGUGUACAAGGUCCUUCAAAACACAAAGAAGGGAAACGCUGUGUUUACCUUUCCCAAUUGUCCCAUUAAGUGUGCCGGAGCGCCACAGAAAAUUGCCUACAUAUCAGAUCAUUACUUCCGAAAGAUGGGCCGCAGGAACGAUGUUAAUAUCAUCUACAAUACGUCUCUUCCAAACAUUUUUGGAGUACCCCACUACGCCAAAGCCCUUUGGAAGGUUGUCAAGGAACGGGAUAUAAAGGUCAAUCUAAACUAUAAUCUGGUGGAGGUUAAGUCCAAGGAUAAUGUCGCCGUAUUUGAGGAUCUCAAAAAUCCAGGAAAGUUUUUUGAGACAGAGUACUCUAUGCUGCACGUUACUCCACCUAUGACGGCUCCGGAUGAAUUGGUGAGAUGCAAGGAAUUAGUUGGGGAUUGUGGAUUCGUUGACGUGGACGGUGCGACGUUGCAGCACAAGAAGUAUUCCAAUGUUUUCGCAAUCGGGGACUCUUCUUCCUCACCCAAUUCAAAAACUGCAGCCGCAGCAGCUGCCCAGUCGCCUGUUGUAUUUCACAAUCUGAUGUCUGUGAUUAAGGGAAAGAACCCUAAGGAUAGCUACGAUGGUUACUCCUCCUGUCCCAUUGUUACUGGGUACAGCAAAUGCAUCCUGGCAGAAUUCGACUACAAACUGACACCGAUGGAGACUUUUCCACUGGACCAGGCCCGUGAAAGAUACACAAUGUUCCUUAUGAAGAAGGAAUUUAUGCCGCUGCUUUAUUGGGAGGUAAUGUUGAAGGGUUACUGGAAUGGCCCGGCUUUGGUACGGAAACUAUUUUCUAUCCUCAAGUUUAAUAAAAACUAAAUUUACUGUUAACUAUAAAAAAAUGUAUGAAUAAAUAAACUUCUUUAUAUAUUUGAAAAAAAUAAAGGCGAAUAUAAAAUGGGCCUUAUUUAGAGAA